AUGACGACGUGUCGAAUUAUCCAAGUUGCAGCGGCUGCCCCGGACGAGAGAUACAUGACGACGUGUCGAAUUAUCCAAGUUGCAGCGGCUGCCCCGAACGAGAGAUACAUGACAACGAAUCGAUGUAUCCACGCUGCGGCGACGGCCCCGUACGAGAGAUAUAUGACGACGAAUCGAGGUAUCCACGCUGCGGCGGCGCACCCUAAACAUGUCGCUUUCGCUUUCCAGGGGACAACGCAAAUGUGCUCGAUUGUUCGAAGAUCGAAAUUAACACCUUACGUGAAAAUGGGUCGCGCGACCACAUUUUUUUUAGCUCAGUGGCAAACAAGCUCACAAUGUCAUCCGGGGCGCGGGUUCGAGCCCCGAAGAAGCCUAAGUUUUUUUCCUUUUUUUUUUUUUGGAAUUCUUGUUUCUUAUUGCUUUUUAAACUUCUGGUUUGCAGGACGGUGUGCGAGUUCUGCAAUCGCACUGAUUCCAUCAGUUUCGUGGUGUGUGCGGCUGCGGCUGCGGUGGUGGCCGCGUGAGAGUGAGUGA